AGACACCAUUGACUUGCCUGGUCACAGAAUAAGCCUUAGACAUCCUGUGCCUGGGAAAUGGUGCACUUUAUCUUUAAGGAUGCUAGAAAAAUAAGAGAUGAGGCUCACGUUGCACGGAUGACAUCACUAGCUUUUGGCUGCGCGCUCCGUGUUCUCGUCUGUGGGUUUCAGCCAAGGCUGCAGCGCCCGGCGCCGGAGCAAGAGAGCAAAGCCGCGGCUUCCUCCAGCGCCCCGCAGCCGGGCGAUGCGAUUUCCCGAGCCUCCCCGGAGCAGCCUGGGCUCUCCCUCCCUGGCACCGGCGGAGACCGCGAGGUCCCGGAGCUGCCGCGGCUAGAGGAGGAGGCAGGGACGGGGAGCUGGGAGUCUCAGCCUCCCUCCCCCACCCUCGCCCCAUUCACCUCGGCGACCACCGCUCUUGGAGCCGGAUCGUAGAACGCCAAGGCCGGACAGGACUCUCUGCGCGCUGCCGACUGAGCCGGCAUCUCAACCCCUGGGUGGGCUGCGAAGAAAAUGGUGCAGUCUGAGAGCGGCUGACCCUAGCUGGACCGAGCAGACGGAGUGCUGGAGUGCCGGUGCUCAGGUGGCGGGAUAAGGGGGCGGAUUGCGUCGAAGGGCCGGAGCCGUUGUUUUUCUGGGUACCUGCAGCACCCGGGCAGCACGUUCCCGGGGCUACACGGGAGCCCAAUGAAGUGAGGCGGAGGCGUCGCGGGAGAGGCGGGUUUGAAGGUGGCCGGGUGGACACUUCGGGAAGAAGAAGGCAGUGGUGGGGGCGGCAUGACGCCCUGGGGGCUGGCUGCUGGGCGGGCCGGGCGCCGCGGUCGCGCGACCUGUCCAUGGUGUUGAAGGCGCCGUGCGUCGAGCCCCGCACGCCCCGCGCUGUGCGCCCCGCCAGGUGCACCCUCCUCAGCGCAGCCAGCCUUUCGCGCCCGCGGGCUGCCGCCCAGUCGCCCCAAAGCCCCGACCAAGGCUCGUCCGGUAACGCCGUCUGGGUGACCGCACUGUCGGCCCGAGGGGCCGCCUGAAUGGCGAAGCAAGAGGUAGACGACCCGGGAGCUCGCGGGGAAAGGUCGGCCGAGACCGUGCACCGACUGGGAGCCAGCCUCUGAACGCUCCGCGCUGGCCAGAAGAAGCAAAGGACCUGCUGGUGACCAGAGGACAGAGAAUUUUUUUUUAUUUUUUUGGUAAAAGACCCGAUCCAGAGAAGAAGAAUAUUUCUUCUCUUGCAGACCAGGAAGGGUAGAGUCGCUGAGAGGGAGACCCAGGCGGGACUCAGGGCAGCCUACCCUGGCAUCUGGAGGUUUCCUGCGCUGGCCGGCCGCAUCGGGGGUGAUUCAAUUUAUCCCGUCGCCUACCAUCUCCUCCUGAUAAACCCCUUCCCCCAAGAAAGCCAAGCGAGUGGGUCCCGCCACUCUGCACAAAGAAAGCCCGAGUCCCACCGCAGCGGAGGGCACUUGGUGUUUAGUUUCCGGCCCGAGGGCAGCGUCGCCCGAAACCCGGCUGAGUGCUGCGGACGCGGCGGGUUCCGGGCAGCAGCUUCUUGCGGGGCAGGGAGGGGGCGGGAGGCGGUCUGGCCGGGCGCGCCGCCGCCCGAGGCUGCGCCUGCUCGGGAGGACGCCCAGGGGAUCGCCGGAGCCUCUCCCGAUCAGAACUUUUUACGCUGCCCGCCCCCAUCCCCUGCAGUCCCUGGGCUGCUCACCAGCAGGCAGGGGCCGAGGGGCGCCGCUGCGGAGUCCCCUUGCCGUCCCCUCCUCGGCUCGGCCGCCCGCAGCUUUGUUCCGGGCGCGCGGAGGGAAGGCGAGGCUGCGGCGGAUCAUGCCCAAGGUGUAGCCGCGAAGCGGAGGCAUGGCUGCCGGAAGGUUACUGCUCUACACGGGCCUCUCGCUAGCGCUCUGCGCCCUCGGCAUGCUGGCCGUGGCCAUAUGCUCGGACCACUGGUACGAGACGGACGCCAGGAAGCACCGGGACAGGUGCAAGGCCUUCAACACUCGCCGGAUCGACCCCGGCUUCAUUUACAACAACAACAACAACUUGCCACUCCGGGCCAGCCGCUCGCGCCUGGACCGCUGGGAGGGCAAGCUCCUCCGGGCCCGGAAUCGCCGGCAACUCUUCGCCAUGAGCCCCGCCGACGAGUGCAGCCGGCAGUACAACUCCACCAACAUGGGCCUCUGGAGGAAGUGCCACCGACAAGGCUUCGACCCUGAGAUCGCGGCCUUGAUUCGGAAAGGAGAAAUUGAGCGGUGCACGUACAUCAAAUACCACUACUCCUCAGCCACCAUCCCCAGGAACCUCACCUUCAACAUCACGAAAACCAUCCGCCAGGAUGAGUGGCACGCUCUGCACCUGCGCAGGAUGACAGCCGGCUUCAUGGGCAUGGCGGUGGCCAUCAUCCUCUUCGGCUGGAUCAUUGGCGUGCUGGGCUGCUGCUGGGACCGAGGCCUUAUGCAGUAUGUGGCUGGGCUGCUCUUCCUCAUGGGAGGAACUUUCUGCAUCAUCUCACUGUGCACCUGUGUGGCCGGGAUCAACUUUGAGCUGUCACGUUACCCCCGCUACCUGUACGGACUCCCUGAUGACAUCAGCCAUGGCUACGGAUGGUCCAUGUUCUGUGCAUGGGGGGGCCUGGGCCUCACUCUGAUCUCGGGAUUCUUCUGUACCUUGGCCCCUUCUGUCCAACCUGUCCCGAGGACCAACUGCCCCAAAUCCAGACCCGAGAACGGGACAGUGUGCUAAAACAACAAGCCCAUACUCACACACACACACACAUAUAUAUAUAUAUAAAUAUAUAUAUAAUAUACAUAUAUAUGACAAAACUCAAUCAAGACAAUGCCAGUGCCAAGGCAGAGUGGGGGUCGGCUCAGGCACCCACAUCUCGCCGGACUCUGUGUCGCCUCAUCACCGAGAUGGGGGAAGGUAUUCCCCUCACGUGGCUCUUCCGUCGAUUCGUAACUUCUGACUCCGUGGUUUCUUGAGGACAACGUGAGCAUCACCCCUCAAAGACAGGGUCCCGAUUCCCACCACUCACAAGGAUGGGGGAAUGGAGGGGGGAGGCUGGGAAGAGAUGGUGCCUGUGGUCCAGGGUGGCACAGGUGUAGACAAGAAAAUGCCCUCCCCUGAGCCAACAGGAGGGGACACCACCCCAACCCCGGUCAUAUCGCAGAGAAACAACGCCCUUAGUUCAUAGAAUGUAACCAGAUCUUCGAGGCCAUUUCCAGAACCAUUUUCUUCUCUUGCUCUUCCUGUUCUGAUUUCCUUCCUGGCCGACCAGCGACACACCAGAAAGUGGAAGAGAAAACACACCGAGAAGGAAGUUUUCUCUCUGCUGCCAAACUUUUGGAUGAAGUUCCGGAGGUGGGAAGGGGGAGAGAACGCCGUGCUGAGAGGCAAGACCCACAUCAAUGAAAGGACACUUCCGUGGAUGCUCAGAAAGCCCAGUCUUACCUUCCAGCUGCCUUACACCCAGUUAAACAAGAGGCCGCCCUGCCCUGAACCCAACCUGCACUCCCUGGGCAAAUCGGAGCCUUGGAGUAACCCUCUGUGCAGCUGAAAUUCCCCGAGGGCAGAACCAAGAACACGAGCACUGGGCAGAGGACCUGUGGUGCUGCACGUCCCAGGGCUGGGGUGCCACGGGACUUGGCCCCCUAACUUUGGAAGUUCAAGACACAUCUGGGCACACAAGCCAUGAGCAAAGAAGGGAGCACGGAUCAAGAGGGAGAAGGGGAGUGGCCUCAGUUACCGCUGGAUAAAGUCUGUACACCAAACGAGACCUUUCCCUUUCCGUCACGGAAGCUGUCCUUUGUCACUGGACAUCCACCCCUUUGCUAGGGGCGACCUCUGUACAGACGAGAGAAAAUGGGUCCCAUGCAGAGAGAGCCGCCCUGUCCCAUGGGCUCCAAUUUGUAUGAUAUUGUGUAAAUUCGCAGAGAACUCUUGACUCUUGCCAUCUUCGUCCUUUCCCUCUUGAUAUUCAAGGCCAUGAUUCCCAAAAUCGCCAUCGUGGUGGCUAGCAUCCAAGCAGAGGUGGCCUCGAUCCAGCCCAGUGUCCCAGGCUCGGGUGAGCAUGUUGGCACUGCAGGUGUUGGUGAGCUGUAAUGUUGGCCAGAGGGUUGUGAAAGCUGUGGGGACGGGAUCUGCUGGCUGGAGUGGGCAGCAGCGGCCAGUGGUCACCUCAGUGACCCCACAGGGGCCGAGCAGCCCUGGGAGGCAAAGAGUGAAUUCCCGGAGCGGUCCAGCCAUGGGUCCACCGCGUAGCCGAGGAUUCAGUUGCUUCAUAACUGAAUGUGCUCUAGGCACUUUGCCUCUCACUCAGCAGCCUUCCCCUCAGCCAUGCCCUCUGUUUCAUCUCCCUGUCUUCUGCCCCGUCUCCCGUCUGGCUCCCCCCUUUCCCCACCUAUGAACCAUUUCCCUUCUCACUCUUCCGCCCACCAGGCUGUAAGUCCUGCCUCUCUCCUCAUCUGCUCUUUUUGACUGUGUGUGUAUGUGUGUGUGCAAUCACGUCCAAAUAGGGCAUCUGAUGUGCGCGGAUGGGUGUGAGUGUGGGUCUCUGUGUGUGUGUAUCUCUGGUGCAUUUUGUGUACAUUUGUGUCAAUGCACACCUGGACGCAGAUCUGGGUGUACUACUUAAGACUUCCUUGCUAGCGACACGGGUCAGCUUCUGCACAAAGGCUCACGUGUGAGUGCCCUGUGCAUGGGGUGCUGGGAGAUGACCUGGUGGGAAAUGCUGUUAGCUCCCAAAUGUACCUCUAAGGAUGACUUUUAAAACAGAGGAUUUAUUCUAUGAGAAAGGAGAGAAUUUUCAGGAGAACCCAGUGUUUCAAUUGUUUAGGGAAUUUUUAAAAAAUAAUUUUCUUUGAAAAGUUCAAUUUCCCGCUUCAGGGGAAAGGCAUACUUGGGCUUGAGGAAAGGUAAGGGGAAGUAUCUCAGAUUGAGAGACCUGUGCCUCGCUUCCAGGCAUCUGGACUGGGCUCCACCUGGCAGGGAGAGAUGGGUGUCCACCAGCCUCCAUUUGGGGCAGAGGGCUUGUCUGUGACCAGGUCCGAACUUCAGCUAGUUCCCAGUUGUGGAAAAAUGGAGAAAGAAAUUUCAAACAGGGCAAUUUGUAAUCAGUCACUUAAAUUCUUCUUAAGUAACUUUUCUUAAGGAACCAGUACUGUUCACCAACCUGUGAUUUAUACCCCUUUUUUUAAAAUCCCGUGCUUGCCAUAAAUAGAUCAUCCACUGUCUCCGACUGCUCAUCUUUAUCGUUGUUGUUGAGUUGCUGAGUGGUGUCUGACUCUUCGUGAUCCCAAGGACUGCAGCACGCCAGGCUCCCCUGUCCUUCACUGUCUCCCAGAGUUUGCUCAAACUCAUGUCCACUGAGUCAGUGAUGCCAUCCAACCAUCUCAUCCUCUGGCAUUCCCUUCUCCUCCUGCCCUCAAUCCUUCCCAGCAUCAGGGUCUUUUCCAGUGAGUCAGCUCUUUGCAUCAGGUCAUCUUUAUAACAGACCUUUAACACAGCCUGCUGCAUCCCUUUGAAGUGUCCCUAAAAUGUUAGGAGAACUCCUAGGAAAGAAGGGAACUGCCUGGGCUCAGCUCACCAUCAGCAGAGCAGGAGCUGGGACCUGCUUUUUUGGUCAUGGGGCCAGAAAGGUACAGAUGCGCACACUCUGGGUCUGUGUCUGCUCAGGGCCGGGAAAGGCCUGGCCACACAGACAGGAUGGAAGCCCUGGGCAGGUGGCCAGUCCUGGCUGUGGGAGAACUGCCCUGAUGACCUCGAUCCCUCCAGCACAGGGACUUGAUCCCAGAUGAAGACAUACCACCCCAAGCUCCUACUGAAGCUGUCGUGCUGUGAGGGCUGAGGAAGAAGACCAGGAAGAAAGGAAGGAGGAGGCUCAAUCUGUGAGCCUCUUUAGCUCAGACCGUGUUCACCCCAGGUCAGAGUGGGACCCAGCCUUCUGGUGGGAUUCACGGUCAGCAGCCUUACCCACCAGCCCACACACCAGGUCAAACUCCCUACAGAAGUAUAGACAAAGCCUAUACUGUAUAUGUGUUCUGAGCUCCAUGCAAGUCAACCUUGAUCCCAGGGCCUAUUUCUGGUUUUGUUCCUUGCCCUAUGACCCUGGGGAUUCAGGAAAGUGGGGUGUCUGCCUGGAAAGAGGUCCUAUUUCUUUCUCUCCCCAUCUUGAGAGUUUUGGUUUCUUCUGUUUGCUAUUCCCUUCUCUCUACUCACUUCCACUUUCCCUCUGCAUCAACUUAAGUCAACUAAAAUAAUUAAGGAAUUUGUCUUCAGAGAGGCUCAUAUGCUCCAAGCAGUGCCCGUGCCACCCCACCCCCCCCCCAUUCCUUGUUUGUUGGGGCUGUAGGUUUCAUGAAUUCUGUGUUUCCCUGGUAUCAAAGUGUAAGAAAAUUUCAAGUGUGCCUAUUCCAGCUUCAAUCCUCCUGCAAGCCCCAGCCUUUUAAGAACUAGACCUUUUUCAUUUCAGGGAUCACAAAGUCACAAAGACUCUAUGACUCCACCAUAUCAAGACAAAGCCUUCCUGCUUCACAUGUCUAUAUGUGGCACCCUGGGCCUCAGUGCCAUUUGGGUAUAUUCUCUGGUUGGGAGUGAGUGGUUCCUCCUAGCAAUGCUUGCCUUUCCUUUGAUGAGGAAAGAAGGUGCCCUGAGACUCUGAGUCUGGGCUGUACAUCUUAAUAUUCAUCCACAAUCACGAUGAGAGGUCUGAGAUUAAAGAACUUCAUGUAGUUGUCCUGAUUUAGUGGGAGAAUGUGCUGCUUAGGGCUCCAAAGCUGCCCACCUGAGUUAGAUUCAGGGACAUGAAAUCAAGUAUAUCAGCCAGAGGCGUUUAGAAUGGACUCUUCACCUGGAUUAUUCUGAGCACGUUCAGUUCAGUCCAGUCCUUCAGUCAUGUCUGAUUCUUUGCAACCCCAUGAACUGCAGCACACCAGGCUUCCCUGUCCAUCACCAACUCCUGGAGCUUGGUCAAACUCAUGUCCAUUGAGUCAGUGAUGAGAGCAUUAGUGAAUGAUUUUCAAGUAUCUGGGGAGGGAAGGAGUAGGAAGAAGUACACUCUGCUCAUCUUUGGUGUGAUUUGUGAGGGAUGUUUGUUUGCUUCUCGUAACUAAAGAGAAGCCGUUCUUCAAAGUAUGUUCCCUCUGCUCCAGGGACCAGUCUUUCCCAGGGACUCAUCCAGCCCUUUCCAGGGUGGAAUGAUGAGUCAUGGGGUGAUUUGACCACAGAUAGAAGUAGUUGGUGCAUAACAGCUGGGUUGGCUUCUGUGCUGUCUUCCAGCUGCUAUGUAACAGAGUAAGGGGACAGAGUUUUAAACCAGCCCCCAUGAAUCGAUGGUCACAGAAGCUCCAGAUGUCCCUCAAUACAGUCACCUUGGUGGACUGGGUUUGUCCUCUUUCCAUCGAUGUCUCCAUGGGGCAAAACGUUUCUUAAACAUUGUUAGUUCUUAGACUCCGUUGUUAUUGGCUUUUUGACUGUUUUCCUUCCUGAAUAACACCCAUUGUAGAAAAUUAGAAAAAUAAAACACAAAAGAAAAAAAGUCUUAGAAGGUUGUUCAUAAUUCCAUGUCUGUGAGACAUCAUAAUGGCCAUAGCCCCGAUACCUGCCCAAUCGGUGGUGUCUCUGGGUUGGCAAUUGGGGCCUGGGGUGCAGCCCGUGACUGCAGAACCAUACUGGUCUGUGUGGAAUUGAGGACUUCCCUAGUGGCUCAGACAAUCAAGAAUCUGCCUACAAUGCAGGAGACCCGGGUUUGAUCCCUGGGUCUGGAAGUUCCUCUGGAGAAGGGAAUGGCAACCCACUCCAGUAUUCUUGCCUGGAAAAUUCCAUGGACAGAAGAGCCUGCAGGAUACAGUCCAUGGGGUCAUGUGGAGUUGAGCCUGUGUUCAAGGCAGUGAGAGCAUAGGGCUUUGAGCCCCCAGAGGUAGCAAACAGGCCUUUGAAGUGGCUCAAUGCCAGAGCUUAGGGGCAGUGUAGAACAGAGCUAAAAGCUUCCUACUUGGUGAUUUCUUUCUUCUCUUUUUUUUUUUCUAUUUCUUUUCUUUUGGAGUGCCAUCUCAAUCUAAUGAUAGAUACAAGAGUACUGAAGCCAGAGUAACUCACUAAUUCAGCUACACUUGCAUAAUGCAGUUACUGUCCAUCUCAUUUCAGUUCUGCACUGAAAUGAUUGGUGACUCUGGGCACUGUGUAUUCUCCAUACUUGAACUUCCUCAUCCACAAAAUGAGGAUAGUGAUAACACUUUACCUCAUGGUAUAUUAAGGGUGACCAAGACACUGCAAAGUGAUUUGCAAACCAGAAGUGUCAUAUAAAUUAUAUACUGUUCCGAUUCUCCUACAGCAGGCAAGCCCCCACUGAAUGGGAUUCUUCCACGUAGUCUCUGAGCUUCACUGCAGAAAGGAUAACCUAGAAUCGGAGGACCGCUGCUGAACAGGACGCACUAUCCAACUUAAGCAUGCAGAUUUUAUUCAGUCAUCCAGCUUCCUCAGAGAAGUCGGCUCCUUAAUUUACCCACUCUCAGGCUUCCUUCCUUUUAUCCAAAGUCAAUUUUGCUAAGAGCACUCUUAAUCCCUCUUUGUUAUUCCCAGAGGUGAUGAAAUAAGUAAACCAUAUGUAGAAAAUAGCAUAUAUGAGCUAAAAAAGUUAACUAAGACACAUAUUCAAUGCCUUAUUUUUUUUUUUUUACCAUUCUCCUAGCAUUAAUAAUUCUCGCUGUCCUUGCCCAAGGGGUUGGGAACACAUCAGAUUUCUGAAACAUUCUAAUGGUCUUUUAAGUUGAAGAUGGGAAUGAGUUUUAAGCCACUGGGAUCUUCUUUCUCCGGUCAGUUGGUGAAGAAGAUGGCUUUGUCAGAAGCACAGGGGUUCUGAUAGGUUCUUAGGAUGCAUUCACUGGGAGUUGUUCUGGGCGCGAUCCUGUUGGGGGAAAACUCAAUCCUAGGUUUUAAACAAGGAAAGAUUGCAUUUCCCAAAGGAUCAGCAUGCUUUCUGCUUUGCAGGGGAUCAGCUUACAGUGUUACAAUGAGACCUGCUCUAAGGGAAAGCUGAGUCAUUCAUUGCUCCCAAUAUGGUUGGAGCCCAGCCAGGGAUGGAGGAACCACCCAACCGCAGGGGGUGUGUGUUCACCACUGAGAAACAGAAAACUGGGUAUCAGCACGGGGGUCCCACAGCUGUAACUCAAACCUGGCCUCACUCUGCUAGACACCAACCUCAGCAACUGCAACCCCUGUUCUUCACUUGCAAGGACUGGGUGUUCGCUCCUCGGGGACCUCUGUGCCCCUCUGUCCUCUCCUGGCUACGCGUUUCCCUUCCUCUCUGGGUCACCUUAGACCUUUUCUGGCCUGAGUGUAUCCGUGUGUCUGUGUCGCUGUGACUAUAAAUCUGCCUUUCACAUACAGAGCUUUCAUAACUCCUCCUCCUCUUUCCCCAUCUCCACCCAUGGUGUGACUGUUUUGCUCUUCAAGACUAUCUGUAAAAAUGUACAAAUAAAAAUGGAAAAUGAAAAUAGUAGGGAGGGAAUUGAGACAAGACAAAUGCAUUGCUGUAGCCCUCAGUUUUCUGAGGACUUAUGUGGACUGCCCGGAAACCCCGACUCUGGGUGGGAUUCCGAGGCAGGGAAGCCAUUGGCCCAGGAGGUUGUUUUUUGUUUUUGUUUUUUUUUCUGGUUGUUUCUCUGACAGUCACGAGUGUCUGCUUGGAACUCUCCGUUUGAAAGGUUUUGGCCUUUCAAGUGAAACGUAUUUUCUGAAAAGUAAAAGUAAAUCAUCCAAGUGUGAAGGUGAAGGUUAUCGCGAAGGUCAACACAGAGGCCCGAUCCGGGGGUGGUAUUAAUCGCUUUGUCACUGGCUCGCUCAGGGCCUUGGGCGAAUCUUGUUACCUCACCGCUGUCUCUGUGUCCUCUCAGCCAAACAGGGGGGCUUCCAGUGCACCUGGGGCGUCGAGUCACCUUGGCCAUUCUGCUGCUAUUUUGGGAAAGGCUUCGAACCCAUGCUGGAGCACGCUUACUGUGGGAGGUACAUUCGAGAGUCCCUCCUUUCUGCUCUUGCCCCACGCUUUCACUCCUCGGAAAGUAACCUCAAGCUAACAGCCAGUUUGUGCUCAGAGUCCAAAGCCUUUUAUCUACCUUUUCAUUCUCAGACGCCUUUCCACCCACUCUGACGAUCUCAUUUUACUGUCGUUACUGACAGAGCGCUGUCAGUAGGAGGAAGAGUCUCAAAGGAGAUGAUGUGUGUGAAUUGCUUUGUAAUCUAUGAUUUACUCUACCAAUCUGGCGGCUACUGUCGGAAGCAGGGGGUCUGGCUAAGGAUGCGAUCGAAUCAGAAUGAUGAAAGCCUUGGUGGGAGGGGAGGGGAGAGGUGAUGGGCAGCAGGGGGUGGGGGGGCGUUGGAGGUAAGAUAAAGAAAACUUUUGGAGGAGGAAAUGGCAGACUCACAGGGCAUCCUCAGCAUGGCAGCAGAGAAGGAUCCCCCAAAGGCUGGGCACCCCGAAGAGGAAGUAGGAAAGAGGAACAUUGGCAGGUAAUCCUAUAAUACAAAGAGCUACCUUCCCCUAGGAUUGAGAAGACUAGCUGCUUCAGGGGCGGGAUUCACACCAAACUUGGCCAGUGACCUAACCCUUCCUCCUCCAUGAUACUAUCAAUCCAAACCUUUCUGCUCACUGAUGGUCCACAGUGAUCAUUUCUGGGGGCAGUGCUGUCCAGCAGAUACAAUACAAUGCAAGCACCAUAUGCCAUCUUAAAUAUCCUAGUGGCCCCAUUUUUAAAAGUCCAAAGAAACAGGUGAGAUUAAUUUAACACCUGUUUUAACCCAACAUAUCAAAAGAAAAAAAGUAUCAUUUCAACAUGGAAUCAAAAAGUAUCAUUUCAACAUGGACUCGGUAUAAAAAUUACUGAGCUAUUUGAUGUUCUUUAUUUUUUUUUUUUCCAAAUGAAGCCUUCAAAAUUUGAUGUGAAUUUUGCUCUUAGAAAACACAUCAGUUUGGAGCAGCUACAUUUCCAGAGCUCAGUAAUCCCACAAGGCCACCAGCUACCAUAUAUAAGACAGCAAAUAUUUAGACUCUUGGUAGGAGUUGGAAUCCCCACUCACCUAUGAGUCACUCAGACCUCAUGGCUAAUAGGCUGGAGAUCCAUGUUGGCCCUGAGUAGAAAGCGCAGGAGUGAUGUCCAGGCUGCCAUCCUAGCCGAGGAGAGGACCACUGCUUGUCAAACAUGUCACAUCUGGCCCAGAGGUUCAGUGCUGCCCUUGGACACAGCCCCAGAUGGCCCAUCAGAGUUCUAGAAGCCACAAAGCAAGUCACUUUUUUCAGCUAUAGGAGCACUAGCUUAUCCUUUAUCUAGAUGCCCUUUAUCUGAGGGUAGAGAGAGGGCCAGACGGACCUUGUCUUUGUCAUGAACAAAGAUCUCCACAAUCUCUUGUCACCUGGUCCAGUCACCUGCUAAUAGCAUCUCACCAACAUUCAGAGCUGUUUUCUCAACCCCUUACUUUCCUUAAAUGCUAAAAGAGCAGUGGCCACAGGCAGACUGGGUCUCCUAGGAGGUGGCAGUGACAAGCUCUGUCCCUUACACUGGGACUCAGGGUCCACUAUUGCCCACCUCUCUUCCCUGCCUGGAGGCCUUCCUUAGAUUUGAAGAAACCUCUUUGGGGGUGGAGACAAGAAGUGAGAUCUUUAGUGCCGAGUACAGAAUAAAAUGCAAGCAAACAACCCCUGGGCAUUCUCAAAGCAUUUAGAAGACCCAGUAUGACAUGGUUGGGUUCAUUUAAAAUACCACGUUCUGAGCCCUGUGUUACUGAGCAAAAGAGAAUGAGCUGAUUCGGUGAGUAUGUUUUAUAUAUGGUCAUUAGACAGGGACCAUAGCUGACAAAACUCUCGAAACACCUGGAGUGUUUAUGGUCUACCAGAUUAUUGCUCAGUCAAUAGACAUUGAUUUACCUUUAAUUUGCAUAGUGCUUUCUGAUUGGCUAGACAAGGUGUGAUGUGUUCUGCAGGAUUCCAACAUCACCUCUGCCCUCGGAGGUAGCAAUUCCUGUGGUUAUUGGUGCUAAAAAUAAGAUUAAAUAUUAUGUUAAUUUGUUCUGAUACGAUGUGAAUACGUGUUGUUUAAUCUUAACAAGAAUGCUACAUCUUAUCAGAUCUAUUGUACUGUCUGUUCCUUCUCAUAGUUAAUUAAUUACAGGAAAGGUGAUCCAAACCAGAUCUCAAAACUAUUGUGCUAUUCUGAGAGGUGAAUUUAACAGGGAUGUGGGAGGGGUGGGAUGAAAAGGGAAAUUGCCAGGUUCCUGUGACUUUGCAAGAACUGAGGAAGCAGAGAGCAUUUGGGGACUUCUGACAGUGACUGCAUCUUGCAAUUUUCUUUUUCGAAUUUGGCAGAAAUACUGUAUUUCCAUCGAUCGAAGAAAAAAAAAGUGUCUGGUAAUUAAUUAAAUGACUUGUUCAUGGAAAAAAUAAAAAUAAAUAACCUGUCAGUUGUGGAAUGUAAACUGAUUAAACAAUUAAAUAAAGAAGAUCAUGUUGUGUGUUUUAA